UUUACAUUUUUAAGUCAGCACCAUUUUCAAGUUGCCUUUCGUAUUUCCUCCAAGGUUUGCUUUGGGAGAACCUGCUUUUGUAAUUGUAAUUUAUCAAGAACAACGCCAACAAGGUUAUCAGAUCUCUUGAGGCAGGGGGAAAAAAAGCUUAUGGGUGUGUUGUGGCAAUCCGCUAACCUUACCUCUACUUCCUGGAGGGGAGAGAAAAACACCUUCCCAGCAAACACUGCAGUCAGCUGCUGUGGAAACAACAUCCCUUACCUAACCUGGUAGCAGUGACAGUGGAAAGGGUGGAGGGAUGUUGGACACGCUGUAUGACUGGUUCUGGUGGGACAGAAUCUGGCUGCCUGUGAACCUGACGUGGUCUGACCUGGAGGACAGGGACGGUCUGGUCUAUGCCAAAGCCUCACAUCUCUAUGUCACUGUCCCCUACACCUUCGCCUUCCUCCUCAUCAGAUACCUAUUCGAAAGCUUGAUAGCUACACCCCUGGCAGUGUCUGCUGGGAUCAGACAGAGAGUGCUUCUGAAAGCAGAGGAGAACCCCAUCCUGGAACACUACUACAUUUCUCAGAGUAGAAAUCCCGCUCAGGCAGACAUUGAUGGACUGUCUAAGAAAAGCAUUCUGUCGGUGAGACAGGUUGAACGCUGGUUCAGGAGAAGACGCAGUCAGGACCUUCCCGGAGUCCUGAAGAAGUUCAGAGAGGCCAGCUGGAGGUUUGUCUUCUAUAUAUCAGCGUUUGUUGGAGGACUGAUAGCUCUGUACGACAAAGAAUGGUUUUAUGACACCCGGGAAGUAUGGGAAGGUUUUCCAAAGCAGUCCCUGCUGCAGUCUCAGUACUGGUAUUACAUCCUGGAGAUGAGCUUCUACGGCUCACUCCUCUUACGCGUCGCCUUUGAUGUCAAGAGAAAGGACUUUAAGGAGCAGAUCAUCCACCAUCUGGCUACGCUGGUCCUCCUAUCAUUCUCCUGGUGUGCCAACUACAUCCGGAUAGGAACGUUGGUCAUGCUCAUCCAUGACGCCUCUGAUGUUUUACUGGAGUCUGCCAAAGUAUUCAACUAUGCCAAAUGGGAGAAAACCUGCCAAAGUCUUUUUGUUGUGUUUGCCAUCGUGUUUAUGGUAACACGCCUGAUCAUCUUCCCAUUCUGGCUGAUCCACUGUACCUGGGUCUACCCUGUUCUCCACUACCCCGCCUUCUUUGGCUACUACUUUUUCAACGUGAUGCUGGUGGUGCUUCUCUGUCUGCACAUAUUCUGGGCCUACCUCAUUCUCCGCAUGAUCAAAAAGUUCAUGUUUGGCAAUCUGACCCGAGACGAGAGGAGUGACUUUGAGGAGGAAGAGGAGGAGGAGAGCAGCCAGACAGAGGAUGAAGGAGAGCACCAGCACAAACUGGGCAAUGGUUUUGCAACCGGUGAGAAGGAGGAGAAGAACAGAGGCUUUGGGUGCAUAUCUCCUCCAGAGAACAUGUGCCGCUCAAAAACUGUGUGCUGACUGCUGCUCAGUACGACAAUGGAGCCAGAUGUGUUGGGAAACACAUCUGAUCCAAUAUGGACAAUAAGCAAAACAAGAUUUUAUCCUUCAGAUGCCGAAACUAAACUCACAGUGAACGUGCCACAUGUUCAGAGAGAAGCCCCCCCCCUCCCACUCCUGUCCCGUGGCAGCGCUUCACUGUCCUUCAAAGAGACCAGCAAGCAAACAAAGGACGCACUCAUCACCACGUUUAUAUGUUUGUGAAGUGCAGAGCUGGUGCGAAGGUGAGGGGGGGGACCACCAGCUGCUCAACCUCACUGCUUCAUCAAUCAAGACCUGCUGGCUUUUAUAACGGUUCUAUAAAGGUUCUUGCUUUAAAAGGCUGUAAAACAACUUUUUAUAUAAAUAUACAGUCAGCAUUUUUUUCAUUUCUGUGGACAAAAACGUAAAGUGAACUGUAACAAUGGGAUAUAAUAAUCCCAAACUGAGUCUCCUCCAGCAUUAGAAAGACCUGCAGGAAAACAUAUCUCUGAUGCAACGUACACAGGAAAUAAUCUGCUUCCAAUUCAUUUAUAUCGGCUGUAAGGUGUUUAUUAUGCAACAAAAGUGAUGGGUGUUGGACAGCACAUCAGAGACUCAGCAGAGGACAUGGGUUUUAUAAUUAUAAAAGGAGUUGCCUCACAUCACUGAUGCUGUGCCUGUACAUUUGAUGAAGUAUUUGUUGCUGCCCUUCACUUAACUGGAGAAAACCAGUUCAGAAAAGUGGUUAUAAUAAUUUUCUUAAUGUAUUAUUAUUAUUGAGUUUUUUACACUUUACAUGUACUUGUUCAAAUGUAUUUAAAAUAACAGAUUUCAAAUAUAAUAACAUAUAAUUACACAUUAAAAAGCACUGAUGAAUAGGUGACUUAUGCUUAGUAAUUUGAACAUGAACAGAUUGUUGCAGUCUUUGUGUUUGAUGAGUAAAGACUAAUUGGCCACUAUUUCUGUAACAUUUAAAAAAAUGUUAAGGAAGACGGAGAAUCACGGGGCAGUAAGACAUUGAUGUGUCGGGUUUUUUUUCAAUAAACUACAACAAACUAGAA